AUGCAUCUGCGACCCGACAACGUGCCAAAAAACCCCAAGAACAGAAUCAUUUCUUCAGCCUCCGCCCACCCCGCUAUUUUCAGGGACACUUCUGAGCUCGACCAAGUGGACCUGACGAAGGGGUCCUUCCUGACCCACAGGCGCUGUGGAGUACACUGCCCCUCGAUCAGGAGAACUGGUUCAGAACCGGGUCAUUCUUGCUGGAUCUGCGUCCUGGACUACAGCAGGAUGAAGAGGCUCCGCCUCCUCGCCAUCUUCGUCCUGGUCUUAUGGGCGGAGCCAAGACGCUUCAUGAUGCUGACCUCUGAGGUUCUCCGAGAGACAGUCGGACCCAGUGGACCGGGUGGAGCCGAUGGAACCGGCGGGCCGGUUCUGUUCUACCUCAGGAGGAUGAGGCGGAGCUGGGUCUGGAACCAGUUCUUUGUCCUGGAGGAGGACGUCGGACAUGAGCCUCAGUAUGUGGGGAAGUGCGCGCUCCCGACGCAGCCGGCAGAAUUAGACCAGAACUCUGGCGAAGCGGACCAGACUCCGACAUGCAGCGGCAGAACUGGGCCAACUGGUAUUGUGUUCUGGGCUAACUGGUCUCUUCCCCUGCAGCUCCACUCUGACCUGGACAGAGGGGAAGGUCAGGUGACGUACCACCUCAGUGGUGACGGAGCCAUGUCCGUCUUCACCAUUGAUGAGCGGACCGGAGACAUCCACGCCACCCGCAGGCUGGAUCGGGAAAAGCAGGCGUCCUACGUCCUGCAGGCCCAGGUUCGGGACCGGACCAGCCAGCUGCUGCUGGAGCCCGAGUCCCAGUUCACCAUCCGAGUCCAGGACGUGAACGACAACGCUCCCAGGUUCCUGGACGGCCCCUACGCCGCCAGGGUCCCGGAGCGGGCCCCGGCAGGAACGUCUGUGGUGACGGUGACGGCGACCGACGCCGACGACCCGACCUACGGAACCGCGGCCCGAAUCGUCUACAGCCUCCUGCGGGGCGGGCCGUACUUCACUGUAGACCCAAACACAGGUGUGGUGCGGACCGCGCUGCCGGACCUGGACCGGGAGACUCAGGACCGGUACCAGCUGGUGGUUCAGGCCCGGGACUUGUUGGGUCGAAGGGGGGCUCUGUCCGGAACCACGGCGGUUACCGUGACGCUGACGGACGUCAACGACAACCCGCCACGCUUCCCCCGCAGGAACUACCGGUUCAGCAUUCCGGAGUCGGUACCGGCACCGGCCGUGGUGGCUCGGAUAAAAGCCAUGGACCCGGACCUGGGUCAGAACGCCGAAGUGGAGUACCGGGUUCUGGACGGAGAUGGACCGGGAACCUUCCGGGUUCUGACGGAUCCAAACACACAGGAGGGUCUGCUGAUGCUGCUCAAGGGCCUGGACUUUGAGAUCCAGUCCAGCUAUUUGCUGCGGGUCGAGGCGUCCAACCGGCAGACGGACGCUCGCUUCCUGCUGGCCGGUCCGUUCAGUGACGAGGUUCUGGUCCAGCUGCAGGUGGAGGACGAGGACGAGUCCCCCGUCUUCUCCGAGUCCGUCCGUCACCUGUCCGUGUCGGAGGACGCACCAGUCGGAACCACGGUGGGCUCCGUGUCGGCCCAUGACCCGGACCGGUCCAGCAGUCCCAUCAGGUACUCCAUAGACAGGAAGUCGGACAUCGGGGGUUUCUUUGACAUCGACAGCAGUUCCGGUACCAUCAGAACCAGCAGGUUUCUGGACCGUGAAGUCAGAGUACAGCACAACAUCACGAUCAUCGCCAUGGAGACGUCGGACCCGUCCCAGGCCGGCUCGGUUCUGGUUCUGGUCUCUGUGAUGGACGUAAACGACAAUCCGCCGAGUUUCGCCGCCGAGUCACGGGCGUUGGUCUGCGAGGACGUCGGGCCCGGCCAGGUCGUCGGGACGCUGAGCGCCGUGGAUCCGGACGACCCCGAGGACGGACAUCACUUCCUGUUCUCACUGCCUGCAGGAAGUGAUGCGAACCUCAGCUUCGGCCUGAUUGACAACAGCGACAACACAGCCUCGGUUCUGGCGCUGCAGCCCGGUCUGCGGCUGCGGGACCGACCCUUCCACCUGGUUGCCGUGGUGAUCGCGGACGGCGGACAUCCAUCCCUCAGUAGCACCAACACGCUGACCGUCUCCGUCUGUCGCUGUGAUCGCUAUGGAAACCAGCGCCACUGCAGCCGGGACGAGCCACGCCAUGUCGCUGUGGCAACCGCCGCGGUCCUGACCGGCCUGCUCACAUUCCUGGGGGUUGCCAUGGUAACGGCUGCGGUCAGAUCCAGGCGACAAGAGGAGGAGGAAGAUGAAGAGCGGGACGCCCAGGAGAAUUUCGCCUGUUACGAUGACGAAGGCGGCGGCGAGGAAGACACCAAGGCCUUCAACAUGGCCGCCCUGAGACACCUGGACCGGCCUGACCCGACCGGCGGUUCCGCUGACCUGGAGGCCCGGAAGACCCAGCUGCUGAAGGCAAACCUGGACCCCACGGCGCCCCCUGCUGACUUUCUGCCCAUGUCCUGGAAUGGUGGCGGCUCGGCGGCGUGCUCCAUCUGCUCCAUCAGCUCCAUCAGCUCCAUCAGCUCCCCAGGCCCGGCAGAACCCGACCAGAACUUUUUGUGUGCCUCAAGGUUCCGGAGGCUGGUCGAUCUUUAUGAACCCAAAGGGGUGGAGCCUGAAGAGGACAGCUGAUUGGAUGGAAGGCGACCUCAGAACCUCAGGCAGAACCAACCCGACUGGAACCAGUACCUGACCAUGACGUCACCGUCGUUGCCAUGAUGUUGCCAUGACGACUCCUGUUUCCCUGCAGGUGUGCUAAGUUAAUUUGAGAGUGUGAUGUCAUGUUGUGUCCUGCUAAUUGUUUACGGCGAUGCUAGCUAGCUUUGCUAUAAAUGUUCUGAAAUGUUUGAUCCUGACACAUUCAAAUAAACACAAAAAAGUUUC